AAAUAUGAAGUACUAAUUAUAUGACAUAUAUUGAUUUCAAAAUAUGAAAUGUUUACAUAAAAUCAAAAUUUUUUGUACUAAACAUUUUAAAAAUUAUCCGUAUGGCUGAAACAUCUUGCACUCCUUGUGAAAUAAACGAACUACAAGCAUGGGAAAUGUAUGAUGGAUAGCAUGGUAAGAUUUAUCCAAGCUUCCACCAAAUUAAUGGGUGCUUUCAAUGAUAAGCCGUACGAAGACAGAAUUUGCCAUAAAGACUGUAAAUCUUACAAUCCAAAUAAAAUUCCAAAGUGUAAAAAGUGUACAUCUAUUGAUUUUACUGACGAAAGGGAUAAAAAAAUAAGUGAAUAUUGUCAUGAAAAAUGUGCGAUAUGUAUUCCGAAACAGUCAUCAAAAUGUAAAUGCCCGAUUCCAUUACUUUCAAAACUUCUAAAUGAGACAGAGAAAUCCGAACCAAGUUUUCAGCCCAGAGAAGUAGAUGAAGAACAAAUUCCGGAUGAACAUACAGAAAUUGGAAACUUAGUGGUUUCGGGAUUUUACAAGAUACUGAAACAGUUUUCUGAAACUGCAGCUCCAAUUGCAAGCGAACCGCCUUUAGCAUAAUACAACAGAAUCUAAAGCUAUAUAUGUCGAUCAAGCAGUCUAUGCUAAUAAAGAAAACUUACAAAGUCAACGGGGAAAAAUGAAAAUAAGAAAGUUGGGAAGCGCGAAGUGACAAAAAGGGAAACAUUUGAAGCUGUGAACGACUCUUGUAUUUGUGAUGAACUAAGAAAAACCGAAGAAGAAGAAAAAUUAACGGAAGAUGCUAAGAAAUGUAAAUGUGGGCCUGAUAUUAAAGAAAUAUGUUCCUGCCCACUCUCAUCUGUCGAAAAGCUAGAAUUGGCAGAGAAGAUGGCUACAAAACUACAAGUUGCACAAGAUGAAAUUGACGAAUUAAAAAAAGAAUUAUAUCAACUUCAAUUUACGGAACUGACCAAACAUAACAAAUCAGCUGCGAUAUAUAAAGAGAUUAUGAAGGGGUCUGCUCUUGACUCGAGUUUUGGAAGACCUGGCACAGCUCAUAGCACUCUUAAAGACCAAUCUCGAACUUUGUAUAAACCAAAUUCAAGCGUAAAAACGUUUGCCAAGUGGCAAAACUCAAACUGCUGCGUCUUCAUAUCAACAACUUUUUACAGGUAAAAAUAUGCCAGUGCUGACUUCUUCUUUAUUGGAUAAGGAUACAUCACAUUCAGCUACCGCAAAUUGGCAGAAAUCAAGGACACUUCCGCAAAGGUCUCAAAUACGCUGCAGUGAGAGAGAAAGUGCAUGUUUUAGAAGAAAACAACAGAACCAACCCUGCUCUAUGAACAAAUUAAGCAACUAUCAACAAUCUGACUACAGAGCUAACCAACAAUAUUCUGAACCCCUUAAAUAUUGUACCGACCAAUAUUCUUAUGAACAACACAGUAUUAUUUGCCCAGCUAUAUCAGGCCAACAACAAACACAGCCGCCGAAAACAUAUCAAGCUCAACAGAGUUAUAUAAAUUAUAACUAUGAAUAUUCCGAUGACGAUUCGUGUAAUGAUGAUUAUAAUUGCGGUUACGACGAUUGUGAUAAGUAUAGGUCAACAGUGCUGUUUUAGAUAGGUAGCAAAAAUAAAGUUCUGUAGAAUGUUCUAGU